AUGGUGGUAAUAAGAGCUGAUCUUCACCUUCACAGCCCCAUGUAUUUUUUCCUAUUCCAUUUAUCCUUCCUGGACAUCUGCUACUCUUCAGUCACUGUCCCAAAGAUGCUGAAGAAUUUUGUUGCAGAUGAGAAAACUAUUUCUCUCCAUGGCUGCAUUGUGCAGAUGAGCUUAAUUCUGCUUAUGGCCUGUACAGAAGUUUUCAUGCUAUCAGCAAUGGCCUAUGAUCGAUAUGCUGCCAUCUGUGACCCACUUCAUUAUGUGAGGACCAUGAAUAAGCAAGUCCGUAUAAGACUGGUGUGUAGUGCAUGGCUGGUUAGUGUAUUAUAUGCAUUGAUAAACACUGUUCCUGUGUUACAUUUACUCUUCUGUGGGACCAAAAAAGUGAAUAAUUUCAGUUGUGAACUCCCAUCUCUACUAGAAGUGUCCUGCACAGAGACCUUCAUCAAUAAGAUGUCAUAUCUCACUUCAGUUAUAAUUUUUAGUUUGAUCCCAUUGUCUAUCAUCCUGGUCUCUUAUAUCUGCAUCAUCUCCACCAUCCUAAGGAUAUGCUUUGCUAAGGGUAGGGGUAAAGCCUUCUCUACCUGCAGCUCCCACCUUACCGUGGUUGUUCUGUAUAAUGGGGCUGCUUUGUUUCGAUAUCUGAGACCCAAUUCAGCCUCUUUGGUGGUUCUGGACAGACUCGUCUCCAUCCAGUACAGUAUCUUAACUCCCAUGUUAAAUCCUUUCAUCUACAGCCUGAGAAACAAGGAGGUAAAGGUAGCUCUGGGGAAUAUACUAGGGAAAAUGUAA